AAAUAAGCUGACAUUGCAAUAGGGUUCGACUUAUUACAAUGAUGGCCGGGGAAAUGCUACGUAUAACCCUGGGAAGUAGUGAAAGCACCUAGAAUGCAUCAUUGGCCUCCUUCCAACAUAUUCACGGUCCUCUUUGCAAUUCGGGUAGCUCUGAUGGCUCGCCAUUUACACAGCUGUAGUUCAAUACCAUCAGCAUACAUGUUGGACUAUUUCAUAGCUAGCUUGGCAACGAAUCAACGAAGCAGUCCCAUUAAUCGGUCAUCCUCUCAUCUUUUCAUACAAGUUUACUCUUUGAUUCCAUGCUGAGCACCAUGCUCGGUAAGGUAAUGUAAAGACAUGUGUCAAUAAUACCAUCGUUCGGUAGAAUCACUUGGCCUUUCUUGAAUCACAACCAACGCAACAUACCUUUAUAAUCUUACCAA